UAGACGCACUUUUUAUUUUCAUUUUAGAAUAGUUUGUUAUUUUAGAAAUAACAUUUUUUUUAAAAAUUUGUUAUUUUCGAACCAAACUGAGUUUAAAAGAAUAUUGUUGAUGGUCAAAAUUGACAAGUAGUAUACAUUAACUGCACAAGAGGGAUGAGUUUGUAGGAUUUUACUAACCUCUCCAAAAAACAUAUUAUGUGAUUUGUCUACAGAGGGAUGAGUUUGUAGGAUUUUACUAACCUCUCCAAAAAACAUAUUAUGUGAUUUGUUUAUGUUGUAUCUUGUUUAGUUUUUUUUUCAUUUGCUAUAAGCUGAGUCUCUUAGUAGAAUAAACCCCAUCACCUCCGAGCUUUUUAAUAUAAUUUUGGGGUUUAUAGAUGUUGCAAGGACAACAUCACGCUGUUAUGUUAUAUAUAACUACUUUUCUAAAAAUAAAAAAUAGCAAGACAUGGUAAAAAAAAAAAAAAGGGGGGUGGUUAUUAUUAUACCAAUUCACACAAUCGAAACACCCACAAUUCCAUCUAAGCAUUUUCAUGCUCACUCGAGUGCCCUCACUGUAGUAGUAAUGAUAAAAUGCUGAGGGACAAGUGCUUCUACUGAAUAUUCCUAAUUUCUUGUUUCAUCUAUUUCAUUGAUAUUCCUCACUAACACAUCAAAAUCACCUAAUCCCUACAAAUCAAAAGCUUAACUAAUCCAUAUAUAGAUCAAUUUGUCACAUCAAGAAUUGAUCAAUGUUUACGGCAUAAUGAACUGCGCUGUUAAGUUGAAAAGGUCCAGCAGAUAUGAUGGUAAGGAGAGGUGCAGCUUUCAUCAGGUAUCAUGGAUUCUCUGCUUUAAAUAUUGCUCAACUUGGAUGAGUGCUUCUUGUUAGUAUAGCACUAGUUGGAAUUGCUUCGCCUUUUCGAAUAUAAUGGGCACUCAACCGGUUGGUACCGCAAAAGUUUACAUACCUUAUGCUUUACUCCUACUCAAGAAACCAAACAAUUGUAGUAAACAAUAGUACCCCACACAGCACUUAAUGAUUCUUCUCUUCUCUUUUUCUGCUUCUUUCUUUUCCCCCUCCUCAUGAUUCUGUUUCAUUAAACACCCUUGUGUUCCUGUGCUCUUCGCGUACUUACAUGUCGAAGAAUCCCCCCUCUUCUCUGCAUCUGCUGAUCUCGCUAUCCGGUUUCGAUGAAGGUCCCAAGAGGGAAGCUUCCGCUCUCUGUUAUUGCUGUUCUAAUAAGCGGCUUCGCGUUGGCGGGGCUUAUUUUCACUGAGGACCUUCGAGCUCUCACGGGUACAUCAAUCCUUAAGCUCAAAGCUUGUUGUAAACAGGAUGAGAUAGUGCAUUCUAGUAACGUAACUAAAGAAGAGAGAGAAAAAUCUGUACUAGGAGAUGAUAUCAUUGAUGAGGAUAAGAUCUCAUUUCAUCCUGGUGAAUGUAAUGCGAUGAAUGGGAAAUGGGUUUUCAAUAGAGAUAAGGACCUUUUGUACACCGAACAAAGUUGCCCGUAUCUCGACAAACAAGUCGCGUGUAUGAGGAACGGAAGGCCCGACGGUGACUACUUGUAUUGGGAGUGGCAGCUGGAUGAUUGCAUUUUACCAAGGUUUAAUCCUCGAAUUGUGCUCGAAAAGCUGAGGGGGAAGAGGCUAAUGUUCGUCGGAGAUUCGCUUCAGAGGGAACAAUGGCAAUCCUUUGUGUGUAUGGUCGAAUCAAUAUUACCACAUGAAGGGAAAUCGAUGAACCGGAGUAGAUCGUUAUCAGUUUUCACGGCGAAGGAGUAUAAUGCUACAAUAGAGUUCUAUUGGGCACCUUUCCUGAUCCAAUCCAAUUCCGACGCGCACCUUAUAACCAACACGAGCCAGCGAAUCCUACAUGUCGACUCGAUCACGAAGCAUGCACAACAUUGGAUAGGAGUAGAUAUUCUCAUCUUUGAUACUUAUGUGUGGUGGAUGAGUGGUCAGAAGAUCAAAUCAGUGUGGGGUUCAUUUGCAAAUGGAGAUGAAGGGUUUGAGGAACUGGAUUUUGUUGUUGCUUACAGAAUAGGUUUGAAAACAUGGGCUAAUUGGAUUGAUUCAACUAUUGACCCAAAUUCUACAAGAGUCUUCUUUACUACCAUGUCCCCCACACACAUGAGGAGUAAAGAUUGGCACAAUGAGAAAGGGAUCAGAUGUUACAAUGAAACAAGGCCAGUGAUGGAAAGGGGAUACUGGGGAAGCGGCUCGGACCGGAGGAUCAUGGGGGUGGUCACGAGCGUGAUCGGAAGAAUGAAAGUCCCUGUCACCUUUCUCAACAUAACACAGCUUACAGAGUACCGGAUCGAUGGCCACGUAUCAGUUCACACCGAGUCGAAGGGGAAGAUACUGAGUGAUGAAAAAAAAGGGAAUCCGCGAGUUUACGCCGAUUGCAUCCACUGGUGCUUACCGGGAGUACCCGAUACAUGGAAUCAACUUCUCUAUGCUUAUUUGUGAAAAACAAUGCAAUGGAGAAAAAAAAAAAGAAAAAAAGAAACUCAAUUCA